AGUUCACACACACAUCAUUCAACAGUGUCGGUUACACUUCUGUUACAGAAACUUGUCUGAGUUUACUAGGUUUGGUUUAGAUUCGUCACAGUCUAUAUACCAUAGUUAUCUUUUUACUCGAUUCACCCUUUCUUAACCUGUAUCAUCAAUAUCUCUAGGGUAUUGUUCCCACCUUCUUCAUCUUGUUUCUUCUUCUGUGUAUUAAGUUCACUUCAUAGUUUCACUUAGAUUCCUAGUCAGAUAUUGUUGUCUAAUCUUCAACAUGCUUUCCACCAACACUCUUGUGCAAAAUUUUGGGGGUCCCAUUUCUGUGUUUUCGGAUCAGAACCUAGUUACGAAGGGGAUUGAGUUAGAUGAUUCAUCUUCUCCUUCUUCUGGUACAAGCUCAAGUGGAGAGCUGACAAAGUACUCCAACCACAUCCUUAGAUACAUAAGCGACAUCCUCAUGGACGAGGAAGACGACCUGUUAAACAAACCCUGCAUGUUGCAGGAAUGUUUGAGACUCCAGGCUGCUGAAAAAUCCUUCCUUGAUGUCCUUGUUCAUCACAGCCCUUCUUCUUUCAGUGGUGAAAGCAUUGGCAUCGCAGACUCUGAUGAAAAUUUUGGUCGCACUGUUAGUUUUGAGAGCAAUGGCAGCUGCACCACUGAUAAUUCAUGUGAGUCUGACUUGGUCAAUGGUGGAGGUGAAUUUGACUCUUCUUUCUUACCACAGCAAACCCAUCAUGUAGUUUAUUCCCCAGAUGCAUUUAGGGUUCGUGAUGGAACCUGGAAUCUCUUUCAGUCUCAUACGAAGCCGCUGAUGGUGGAAGAGGGUCGUUCAACUUCAGCAUCCAGAGAAAAGAGGAGCCAUGAGAUGAAUGAUGAAGAUGGAAGAAGAGGAGGCAAGGUUUCAGCUGUGUUUUCUGACGAGUCAGAGUCACCAGAGAUCUUAGACGAGGUGCUGCUUUGUCAAAUUGGAAGAAGUGAAUGUUCUUCUGAACCAUCACAGGGUGUUGAUUCAGGAGGGUCCAGUGGAAAGGGAGCACGCUCACGUUCAAAGAAAGGGUCCACCAAAGCAGGUACAGCUGUAGAUUUAUGGACCCUUUUAACUCAAUGUGCACAAGCAGUGGCAAGCUUUGACCAAAGGAAUGCAAAUGACUUACUCGGCCAGAUUAAGCAACACUCUUCACCUUUUGGGGAUGGACUCCAGCGUUUGGCUCAUUACUUCGCCAAGGGCCUUGAGAUAAGGUUGUCUGCUGGGACCCCAUCAUACGUGCCACUAGAAGUGGCAACUGCUGCUGAUAUGUUGAAAGCUUACAAACUAUUUGUCACAUCCUCUCCUUUGCAAAGGAUGUCGAAUUAUUUGACAACCAAGACAGUUCUUAGUCUUGUGAAAAAUGAGAGCAGUGUUCACAUUAUUGACUUUGGCAUUUGCUAUGGUUUUCAGUGGCCAUGCCUUAUCAAAACGCUUUCAGAAAGAGAUGGUGGUCCUCCAAGGUUGCGUAUAACAGGAAUUGAUCUUCCUCGGCCAGGAUUUCGGCCUGCGGAAAGGGUUGAGGAGACAGGGCGGCGUUUGGCAAACUACUGCAGGAAGUUCAAUGUCCCUUUUGAGUACAAUUGCCUUGCACAGAAAUGGGAGAGUAUAAAACUUGCAGAUCUCAAGAUUAACAGGAAUGAAGUAACUGUUGUUAGCUGUUUCUACCGGCUGAAGAACCUUCCUGAUGAAACUGUGGCAGUGGACUGUCCAAGAGAUGCUGUGUUAAAGUUGAUAAGGAAGAUCAAUCCAAACAUCUUCAUCCAUGGGGUGGUCAAUGGCACUUAUAGUGCACCUUUUUUCUUGACACGGUUCCGGGAAGCGUUGUACCACUUCUCAUCACUGUUUGAUAUGUUUGAGGUUAAUGUGCCACGUGAAGAUUCGCAAAGGUUGAUGUUUGAGAAAGGGUUGCUCGGAAGGGAUGCCAUCAAUGUUAUAGCGUGUGAGGGGGCAGAGAGAGUUGAGAGACCUGAGACUUACAAGCAGUGGCAGAUUAGGAACCUGAGAGCUGGGUUCAAACAAGUUAGUUUUGAUCCUCAGCUGGUGAAUUAUGCGAAACAAAUGGUGAAGAAGGAAUAUCACAAAGAUUUUGUGGUGGCUGAGGAUGGCAAGUGGGCUUUGCAGGGAUGGAAAGGGCGAAUUCUGAAUGCCAUUUCUGCAUGGGUUCCUGCUUGAGAAAUGUUCAGAAAAUGUUUUGUAACUAGUAAAUCUACUCCUAUGUCGGUUAAAGAAAAUGGAAUAAACUACUCUUUGCAACUUCUUUCUCCA